AUGGUAGCGGUCCAGCCGCAGCCCUACCUUGACUGGUUCACGCUGGAGAGUGCCGACCCGCAGCUGCCGUCGCAGCGGAUCCAGGUGACCAUGUACCCGGACCCGGAGCACGACUACGUGCGCCACCCGAUCGCCGGCUCGCCGUGGUCGCCGGCCCCCAUCGGAUCACACAACCACCACAGAGAAACCAACUACCACGUCAUCCACGACCAUCCUAAAGAUGUCUGCAACCACGACCGAGAAACCAACCACCACAUCACCCACCAUCACUACCCUGCAGGCGUACACAACCACCACCGAGAAGUCAACCACCACAUCACCUAUGACCACCCUAAAGGUGCCUACAACCACGACCGAGAAACCAACCACAUUAUCCACCACUACUACCCUGCAUGCGUAUACAACCACGACCAAGAAACCGACAACCACCCUAAAGACACCUACAACCACGACCGAGAAGCCAACAACCACAUCAUCCACGACCACCUCGAAGAAGUCUACAGCCACGACCAAGAAACCACCCACCACCACAUCAUCCACAAACACCUUAAAGGCGUAUACAACCCCAACAAAAGAGCCAACCACGCCCAAGCCGUCUCCAACCACGGUGCAACCGUCUACAACGGCGGCUGA